AUGAUAUAAUAAAAUAAUUAUUUCAACAAAUUAGAAGAAUUUUUAAACUCUUCACUUUCAUCUCAUUAGGUUCUAGUUAUUAACAUGGAUUACUAUUAAAUUAGUGAUGAUAAUGUAUCAGACUUAGGUUCUGGUUUAGCAAAUUGCAUUAAUCUCUCAAAUUUGACACUUGUUCUUUGUGGCAAUUAAAUUGGUGCAAUUGGAGCAUCAUGCUUAGGUUCCUCUUUAGCAAAUUGCACUAAUCUCUCAAAUUUAACACUUGAUCUUCUUCACAGUAAAAUUGGUGAUGAAGGUAUAUCAAGCUUAGGUUCUUCUUUAGAAAAUUGCACUUAUCUCUAAAAUUUAAAACUUAAUCUUCGUGGCAAUCAAAUUGGUGCAAUAGGAGCAUCAGGCUUAGUUUCUGCUUUAGCAAAUUGCACUAAUCUCACAAAUUUGACUCUUGACUUUUUUAACAAUUAAAUUGGUGAAAAAGGUGCAUCAAUUUUAGGUUGUGCUUUAGCAAAUUGCAUUAGUCUCUCAACUUUGACACUUGAUCUUAGUAACAAUUAAAUUGGUGACGAAGGUGCAUCAGGCUUAGGCAAUGGUUUAGCAAAUUGCAUUAAUCUCUCAAAUUUGACACUUUUCCUAUAUUAAAAUAAAAUUAAUGUAAUUGGCGCAUCAGGCUUAGGUUCUACUUUAGCAAAUUGCACAAAUCUCUCAAAUUUAACACUUGAUCUUAUUAGAAACUAAAUUGGUGACAGAGGCGCAUCAGGUUUAGGCUCAGGUUUAGGAAAUUGCACUAAUCUAUCAAAUUUGACAAUUUAUCUACAUGAGAAUUAAAUUGGUGAUGAAGGUGCAUCAGGAUUAGGUUUUGGUUUAGCAAAUUGUGCUAAUCUUUCAAAUUUGAAACUUGAUCUUUUUCAUAAUUAAAUUGGCGAUGAAGGUGCAUCAGGUUUAGGUUCUGCUUUAGCAAAUUUCAUUAGCCUCUCUAAUUUAAAACUUUAUUUGAGUAAUAAUUAAAUUGGUGCAACUGGUGCAAAAGGCUUAGGUCUUGAUUUAGAAAAGUGCAAUCUCUCAAAUUUGACACUUGAUCUUGGUGAAAAUUAAAUUGGUGGUGAAAGUGCAUCAGGCUUAGGUUCUGCCUUAGCAAAUUGCACUAAUCUCUCAAAUUUGACUCUUAAUCUUAGAUAAAAUGAAAUCAAUAAAUAAUACUAACUGAAAGUAGAAAGCAAUUGUUUUAAAUCAAAAAGAUUAGUUGUCUUUAAAAUAGAUUUCUAAUGA